CAACCAACCUAGCCUAGCGAACAACCACCAUCGCUCUCUCAUUUUCUCCUCUUCCUCCCGCGAACCCUUGCCGCCGCUACCAACGCCAGGCGAUUCCGACUACUUUUGGCGGCCGUCGCCGGAACUGCACACCCACGAGCUCUCACGACGGUUCUUCCUUCCCUCCAGCCAGAUCCGCUCUUCAUGGCGGCAAGCGCUCGUGCACGACCCCUCCCCGCGGCUAGGGUUUCGGCUGCCUCCAACUCCGGUGCGGUCCGAUCUCCUCUCCCUUCGAUUCAUGCCCUCUCCUCUCCCCUUCUUUCUUCUCUCCCAACCCCCUCACUUAUUUCUUCGGUUCGGUGCAGCAACCGCCCUCCUCCAUGGACGAGGAAGACCACCACGACACGUACGUGGUCGAGUUCACCAUCGCCUAAUCCGGUGCGGUGCUGGACCAAGGACCUCCGCCUCAACAGAUCCUAGCUUGGUGGGAAGUCCGAUCAUUUGUUGCUCAAAAUCAGACAAAUCGGAGGAGGAAUGCGUGAGAAGAAAGUCUAUCAUCAAUGGCAAGCUCAACAAGAUGAACCAUACAGGCGAGGAACCUCCUAGGCGCAGCAACUCCUCCGUCCAAGUUGAGCGCUGGGUGUCGUCCACCCUGUUGGCCACCAGGACGUACGAGGCGACGAUCGGCAGUCUCGGUGGACCGGACGCCAACAUGCCGAUGAGGCUGAGAGCCACAAACAGAUAGCACCUGGUGAUCCUGAGAACAGAGUGUUUCAAAAUUCCGCAAAUACUUCAUGUGUAGUACAAUUCAUAUCUGCACACCUUGGUAAUUUGAACAGGCUUAUGCCUUGUCGUCGGAACAAUGAAUUCAAGGUUUUGCAGGAUCCAACGUGUCGCUAAGGCUGGCUGUGAGUAGAGUGUGAACUCAUAGAGGAUACGAAUCAUAUCUUUGUACCAUCUGAUCGUUUCAUGGAACAACUAGCUAGUGCUCUGUUUUCUUGGGCUAGAUGCCUAGAACAAUCCAUGUUAAUUUUAGUCUCUGUAGUUUCCAACUCUGAACUGUAUGCUAGUUUAUAAUGAUGUACUAUUACUCUGGUUGUCACUAUUAAUUCAGGUGCAUGUGCUAGAAAGAAACAAAAUACCGUACUAGAUUUGGAUGUGGACGCUAACUAACAAGUUUUCACUUUCCCGACAUGGGCGCAGGGUUGAUUGACGUGGACUACCACGGCCCGGUGGGCAGUGUGCUCUUCAACGACUCGGAGGUGGACUUGGCCGUGAAGACCGGCGACCGCGUCACACAGAUGAUCAUCCAGGUAAUCUCGACCCCCGAGGUCGCCGAGGAGGAGGACCUCGACGCCACAGUCCGGGGGAGGUCCACCUGCGUCUAAACUCCGAGUCUUGGUAGAUACAUCUAGAGAAGUGGUUUGUUUAGGUUGACGGAACGCUAGGGAAAGUACCCACCUUUCAAUGAUAGUUGUGUGUGUAUGAUAUGGGAUGUCGUGAUUCCUUCCUGUUCAAAUGUUCACUAUUGUAUCCAUGAAUGCUGCAAGUGUUAAAGAUGGUUCU